AUGAUACCUAUGAGGAAGUUCUUGCGAAACUUUAUAGGUUUGAUUGCUUUGUUUUUGACGCUCAGCGUGAAUGCUUCAGUUGGUGAUCGAUCUUACAAGUUCGCUCUUUGCAGGUCGUCAUGUGCUCAAGACACGUGUAGGAAUCACCGUCCUUUGUCUAUUACGGACGAUACAAUCGUGUUACCAGAUCCUCUACCAUGGUACCUAAUUAUGUUUGGUUGGACGUGCGAGUCGAAUUGUGAAUACCAUUGCACCCAUCGAAUUACCAACGAGGCUCUCAAGCGAGUACAAGAUAUCAAGAUGCGUGUCACCAAUGGAGUGAAAGCAGAGCAAAGCGAGCUCACUCUAUUGAAUGAGCGUUGGGAGUUGCAGCUCGAGGCUGAUCUAGAGAAAGACGUGCGUCUAAGGGAGGCAUGCGGGGCACUUGAGUUCCUUGGACCUUCGGGCAAGUGUCUGCCUCGACUUGCAUCACCACCGCCAGCUUUAAAGACUGAUAGCGAGAUUCGUCGCCAAAUUGAAGCUGAAGUUGCGCGGGAGUUGGCACAGCUUCCUGUCAUUGACAAGCGCACGGUGCAAUACUUCGGUAAAUGGCCCCAGCUCCGUGUACUGGGCAUGCAAGAACCCAUGUCGGCUGUGUUUUCUUUUAUGAAUUUAUGCGUACAAAUUUACGCUAUGAAGAAAUUAUUUCGUGAGCGAUUACCCUUAUCGUUCCCUCUUAGGAACGUGUACCGGUCUCAUGUCAUGAUUGCUGCUGUCGCAUGGAUAGCCAGUACGGUGUUUCACACACGUGAUUUAUGGUGGACAGAGCGCUUCGAUUACUUCUCCGCCGCGGCGGUGCUCAUGUCAGGUCUUUUUAUGUCGCUGUGCCGCAUUUUUCAAGUUCUUCCGCGAACGCCGCUAUUUUCACGUCUUCUAAGUGCCUGUGUCGGUGCAUGGGUCCUACAUGUGCUCUAUCUCUUGUCAAACCGUCGGAUGGACUACACUUAUAAUAUGACUGUCUGUCUUGCGGUGGGUGUGAUUCACAAUCUAUUAUGGAUAAUGUAUGCACGCAUGCCCCGCAUGAUGCAGCAGGUUCGUGUGAUGCUGAUGCGUCUGGCUCACGAUCAUUCGCAUGCACACAGCAAAGCGAUCUUGUCACCGAAGCAGUGCCGCUCGCUUGAGCUGCUUGUUUUGCUUAUGUUUGCUGCGCCAGCACUUGAGCUCUUUGAUUUCCCUCCUUUAUUCCGCUUGCUGGAUGCUCAUGCCUUAUGGCACUGUGCGACGGUGCCUCUUUCGUGGUGGUGGUACCACUGGCUUGUGGAAGAUGCACACGAGUGUUUGGUGACGCAUGCAUGGUUUAUUGAUCAGCAUGGUACAACCGCGGCGGAAUUUGAUGAGCUGCACACCCCCACGCUUCAGAGUGAUGCCAAAUCAGCCGCGGCGACUUCUGCGCUUCCUGUUUCCAUGCAACAACCCAUCGUUGAUACCACGUCUAUUGGCCAGAUGAUGCCUUCGCAUCUGACGCCUUAUGCGACCAGGGUCCACGAGUUUCUCAGGUCACUUCGUGGAUGGACUCGGAAUAUCGCUCAUUCGCUCCGGACCAUGUUUAUAAGCCCAUAA